AUGAGCGACACGCCCUCCGACCCCGGCGCUGCCGGUGUCCCGCUGUUCCUGCGCCGUUGCGGCUACGGCCCCGACGACGCACUGUCCGAUCUGCGCCGACGCGGAGAGAUCGUCCCGCCCGAGAUCCUCGGGCCGGCCGAGAACGCCUUCCUGCUCACGCGCUACGACGACGUCCGUCAGGUCCUCGGUGACACCCAGACCUUCACCAACACCGCGGACGUCACCGGAGGACAGGCUCCCGAGACGACCACGGAGGCCGCCCGCGAGGGCCGGCUGAUGCGCCAGGACCCCCCGCAGCACACGCGGCUGCGCCGCAUGCUCGCGGCGGAGUUCACCGGCCGGCGCGUGCAGCGCCUCGCACCGCGGGUGACCGAGGUCGUCGAGGGGCGGCUCGACGCCCUCGAACAGGCCGGGCCGCCGGCGGAGCUCGUCGAGCAGUACUGCCUGCCGAUCCCCUCGCUGAUGAUCUGCGAGCUGCUCGGGGUCGCCUACUCCGACCGCGCGGAGUUCCAGGAGCGCAGCCGGCGCAUGUUCGACUUCGCCAUCGCGCCCGACGAGCGUGCGGCCCUCGAGGCGGACAGCGAGCGGUUCAUGUCGGCGCUGGUCGACGCCGCGCGGGCGGAUCCCGGCGACGACCUGCUCGGCAUGCUGAUCCGCGAGCACGGCGACGAGCUCGGCCACGCGGAGCUGGUGGCGGUGGCGGGCGACCUGCUCGUGGCGGGGCACGAGACCACGGCGAACAUGAUCUCGAUGUCGAUCCUGGCGCUGCUGCAGCACCCCGAACAGCUCGCCCUCGUCCGCGACCGCCCCGGCGCCGAGGCCAGGGCGGUGGAGGAGCUGCUGCGCUGGCUGUGCGUCGUGCCGAUCGUGCUCCCCCGGGUGGCCGUGGCCGACACCGCGAUCCGGGGCGUACCGGUCCCCUCCGGCUCGGUCAUG